CUGACAGUCGAACUGUACUCGAGUAUUCGGACUCAACAAAAUGGCAGCUUUUAUCUGGCAUAAGUUUGUAGCUGUUAUUUAUUCUCUGCUACUCCAUGGACGUCCCUGCUGCUGUUCUGUGAUGUGUGGAAACGCGCAACUUGUGCACUUACCUGACUUUGAUCAUUUAUUCGUGAACGAGCACCUGCUGUGGAAUGACCAAAUGGAAAGUGUAGCGGCGUGCGUUAGUCGAUGUUUCCUUGACACUCGGUGUCGAAGUAUGCAGGUAGACAGGAACUCCAGCAGAUGUUCGGGUCAUGCCACAGCCUUUGCUAGUCCUUCCAAGAUAUACCCUCCUGCCAUUGUUUCACAGCAUUCAAGGCUCUACCUACUGCCAAGAGCUGCCCACUUCAUAGGUAGUGCCUGUACCAGUGAUGGCGACUGUCAUGUGGCGACCUCUGUGUGCAAUGAUGGAGUGUGCACCUGUCAGAUUGGGCUCUGGUUUUCCCCCUCACAACAGGCCUGUGUCACUGAGUGUUCUACCCUGGGAUCUGGACUUGUUCGUUACCCUGGAUACGCCAUCUGGGGACAUGAUGUGAGUGUGCACACAUCGCUGGGAGAAACGUCCUGCCCACAGCUCUGCAGGGACACGUGCCAAAGCAUUGAAUUCGACGGAGAACGGAAUCGCUGUAUCAUCAACACCGUCACUUACCUCCGUGUGAACUCGACAGAUCAGGGUCAACAUCCUCAAUGGGCGUACUACCAACGUAACUGUGCUGCAUAGACACAGCUGGCAA